AUGUUUGAAGAGCCGGUGAACCCGGUUUGGGGUGUGGAGAGUGGAGCUGGGUGGGAAGAACGUUUGGUCAGCUGCUUGGUGAUUAGGCUUUGGCGUGUACAAUUGGGGUUUACGCGAUUUCAGGAAGAAUCGUCUCUCGAGACGCCGAUCUACUUCGCCAUAAAAGCCGGAAACUUUGCAGCUGUCCGGUGUAUUCUUGCUCAUGGGGGCUGUAAGCUGUUGCAGCACCAGAACAGGAACAAUAUGACACCCUUUAUUGUUGCGGCUGCCGAAUACGCCGAAGAAAACGUCGGAGACGCUCUCCGUAUCUUGGAGCUCCUGUAUCUCCAUGGUGUAUCUCUAGAAGAACAGGACGACAUGGGGCAGACGGCCCUUCUGUGGGCUGCCAGGCGGGGGUCUCUUCCCAUUAUCCAGUGGCUUCUUUCCAAGGGGGCAAAUUUAAACCACCGCGAUCACGUGGGCGGCACAGUGCUGCAUGCAGCGUCAGCGUAUGCAUUGCUCUACUGGGGCCUCUCGAUGCUCAAUUUUUUGAUGGUUCUCGUCAUAUCCGGCUUGCUGCUUCAUUCCACUGACGCCGAAAACACCGGCUGGAUGAUUAACCUGCUGCACUCUGUGCUGGCCAUGGGAUUGUGGACUGCAACGCAACUGCUCUGGCUUGCUACCUUCAAAGCUGACCCCGGAAUUGUCGCAGGAAGCCUUCACAGGAUCAGGGACCAGUUUGCAUCUGUGCAUCCUCAGUUUACUCGGGAGAUUCUCGGGGCACUUCGCUGGCCUCUGGGGCCCUCCUACGGAGCUUACCAUUCUCAAUUAGAGCAAAUCGAAAGGCAGAUGCUGCUAACGAAUUUGGAUCUGUGUGAGCUGAACACGGCAGUCAGCCGGCGGGCCUUUCAGGCUGGAGGGGGGGCCAGUGAUGUUGCUGUAACUGACGAAGAAGACCUGCGAUUUCAGGCUGCUGCUGCACGCCUGUCUUCUUUACGAGACGAGUUAUGCGAAGUACAAGAAGGCAUUGCUGUCGAGAGGCAGAAAAGACUUAAUGGAGUGAAUGUCACGCGUUUCUGGUAUAACUCCCCCUUGUUGGAUGAGGCAUUUGACCCGAAGCUCUCCUCUCGUUCGUAUUACUAUCAACAGGGAAACGCCAGUGCCGAAAGGCUCUUGGGGGCACCACAUUCUUCCCAUGGCCCUCCAAUAUCAGUUUGA